AUGGUGAGAGCCCGACAAUACCAGGCUCUGGGGGCCGGUAUCGCCCUAGUCGUCGGUCUAUGGUUCAUGCUGGCGUGGUUUCACGAGUUGAAUAUCCCAAGGUGGAAAAACGAUGCCUACCUCGCCAUUUUUAAUGGCAAUCUACCACCAGUACCGCAUUACCAGCCGGAUGAACCGCCAUUUCAAUCGCACGAGAUAGACGAGCAGCAGCCUCAAAGCGGUGGCGAUGUUUAUGACUCUUUGCCUGAAGAUGACAGGUUGGAGGAGGAUCUGAAGAUGAAGGUGGAUAUUCCGGAAAUCGAACAUGCUGAGAAUGCUGGUUCAGCAUCGUCACCAUCCCCUAUCUCUACCUUGGUGAAGCCGACGCCACUGAUGGUAAGCGCAACGCCAACGUCUUCGCGCUCUUGGUAUGGAGAUUGGAAUCCCGCGUGGAACGACAAGGAGACUUGGCCGAAGCAUCCAAAACCUAGCAACUCGACGUCUUCGUCACACUCGGCGAUAGCAUCGUUACCAACAUCUCAUAUCUCACACUCCACUGUGAAACAGUACCUCUACUCGAUCAUGGACUUCCAACACAACCCCAUCUACAACCGGAUUUCAUGCCCGUCAGAGAUCGGGUCACGGUAUAAGCCACUGCGCGGAGAGGCCGCACACGGAGGUCAAGUGCGGUAUUUCUUCGCGCUGAACCUGCAUCAGUCUCGGCUGGUGCUUCCGCGGCUGAUGAGCAGCAUCGUUGAGGCGAUGCGGUUCCUGGGACCGGAGCACUGUGCCAUCUCCGUGGUCGAGGGACGGUCCACGGACGGAACGGAUGAGAUUCUGCGGGCGCUAAAACCACAAGUCGAGGCUAUGGGGGGUCGAUUCUUCCUCAAACACAGUAACAUUUACCCCAAGAAAGGCGAUAUGAACCGCAUUGAAGCACUGGCGGAGCUGCGGAAUGCGGCGCUGGCACCGUUGACGGCUGAUGAUGAAAUGAACAAAAUGGCGGGAAUUUAUUCGCCCGACGCGAUGGUGAUUUUCCUCAACGAUAUCGCGCUGUGCCCGGAGGAUAUCCUCGAGCUGGUAUAUCAGCACGUCAACCAAGACUCACACAUGACAUGUGCCUUCGACUGGAUCUUCAAUGGGACCACAUUCUACGACGCCUGGGUCUCGCGGUCACUGGCGGGCAACUUAUUCUUCGAGAUCCCGCAGGAUGGGUCGUGGGCCUAUAGCAAGGACCUAUUCUUCGACGAUCCGUACAGCCGGAAGCGGUACGAAGCGUUCCGCCCGCUGCAGGUGUACUCCUGCUGGGGAGGGAUGGUCGUGCUCAACGCAGCCCCGUUUGUCGCGGAGACGGUCAAAUUCCGCUCUUCCAGGACGGGUGAGUGUUACAUGGGCGAGCCCAUGCUGCUUGCGAAGGAUCUCUUUCGGCACGGCCUCGGCAAGAUCAUGGCUGUGCCUUCUGUUAAUGUUGCGUAUAAUGAUGAUGAGGCGUUGGGUACCAAAGCUCGACGUGGCUAUGUUGCUGACCAUGUUAAUAUGUCGCGCUCUCUCAUGGCCAACGAGGAGUUUGUCGAGUGGCAGCUCGCGCCGCCGCCUAUGGUGAAGUGUCUCCCGCACUUUAAUGAACCGUCCUGGGUGCCGCCGACAUGA